GUCCGGAGAGCUUGUGCACCGACUCUGGCAAAUAAAUCAUGCUUCUAUGAAAGCACGUCGUCGUGAAGGAAACUCGUCAUUUGUCAGUUUUUUGAAAGCUCACAUGCGCAUGCGUCACUGUUUACUCCGAUUUGUAAGAAUUUGUUUUGUUGACAGUAAAAUGACCUUACAUGCUUUGUUGUUUACUCAUUUAACUUAUUUCAAGCUUUCUGGUUAUCAUUACUCACUACAGCCUACACAUGUGCUUCACAGACGUGUGUUUAAUACCUGAAGUGUCAAACUAACCCUUUUUAAUGGCCAGAAUUAGUUGUGGAAACACAUUUGCACUACUGACUUGUGUACUUAUCAUUGUGUAUGAAGACAACCAUAUCUUAGCAUUUUCACCAUCAGAAGAAUGGCAGCAUAGUUCAAAUCUCUCAUACAGGAUCAUUAAAGCACACAAGCACAGUCAUAAUGUCUCAUCUGAUCCUAGGACAGUUAGAGAUCAGUGUGGUAUAGCUGUGGAGAGCCGCAUUGACUGUGCUCGGGACAGAUCUUUGAGUCGGGCUGAAUGUGAAAGCAGAGGAUGUUGUUAUUUGCCCCUGCCUCGGUCUGGAUUAAGAGGACCACCAUGGUGUUUCUACACAGUCUUUUAUCCAGGCUACAAAAUGGGGCCCCUGUUGCCCACAGAACGGGGCCACAGGGCCAUCCUCACUCGUUUAACACCCUCAUACCUGCCCCGGGACAUCCACACACUGCAGCUAGAUGUAAUGGCUGAGACUUUGGAUCGUCUUCAUCUCCGUUUGAAGGAUCCUACAUCUCCACGAUAUGAGGUUCCCUUUGUGAAGUCCCAAUCUAAAGACCACAAGAACAUGGAAAAUCCACUUUAUGAAGUUGAUUUCCAGCCCGAACCAUUUGGGUUUACCGUACGGCGAAAAUCCAAUGGCCGUGUUCUUCUGAACACUACAAUAGGCCCUCUGCUGUUUGCAGAUCAGUAUCUCCAGCUCUCCACUAGCUUGGCUUCCUCUACAGUCUCAGGACUGGGUGAACAUUACACCCCCAUCACGCUGGACCUCGACUGGAGCUCUGUUUCAUUAUGGAACAGAGACAUGGCACCACAUAGAAGUGCCAACCUGUAUGGCUCACACCCUUUCUUUCUGGUCCAAGAAGGUGAUGGACAGGCGCAUGGAGUCUUCCUUCUCAACAGCAAUGCAAUGGGUACAGUUUUUCAGCUCUCCUUUCUUGAUCCCGCUCCAGCAUUAACAUGGGUGAAUGGAGGAAUUCUGGACUUCUUCAUCCUCUUGGGCCCGAGUCCUCAGAGUGUGAUCAGCAGUAUCAGGAGGUUAUAGGUUUAUCCUAUGAUGCCUCCCUACUGGUCUGGGUUUCAUCUGUGUCGUUGGGGUUAUACAUCUACCAACAUCACCAGGACAGUCGUACAGCUCAUGCGGCAGGUCAAGAUCCCUCUGGAUGUACAGUGGAAUGACCUUGAUUAUGCAGACCAAAGAAGAGUCUUUACUUUCGACCCACAGCGAUUUGGAGAUUUGCCACAAAUGGUUGAAGAUUUCCAUCAGAUGGGCAUGAAAUAUGUGCUCAUUCUUGAUCCAGGCAUCAGCAGUGCGAGUCCUCCUGGUUCUUACAAACCAUUUGACGAUGGACUGAAGAAAGUAGUUUUCAUCAACAACUCCACUGGACAGAUCCUUAUUGGGAAGGUAUGGCCGGGUCCGACUGCAUUCCCAGAUUUCACCAAUCCUACAACACAGGACUGGUGGAUGGACUGUAUCAGAGAUUUUUACAACAAGGUACCUGUGGAUGGACUCUGGAUAGACAUGAAUGAGCCUUCAAAUUUUGUCCAGGGCUCUGUGAAUGGAUGUCCUGACUCUGAAUUGGAGAAACCACCAUAUACACCAGGUGUAAUUGGAGGUCAGUUAAACUCAGGAACUCUGUGUGUGUCCGCACAGCAGUAUCUGUCCAAUCAUUACAAUCUACACAAUCUCUAUGGGCUGACCGAAGCCAUCGCCACUCACAGGGCACUGCUAAAAGUGAAGAAAACUCGGCCGUUCGUUUUAUCCCGAUCAUCUUUCCCGGGACUGGGUCGAUUCUCUGCACACUGGACAGGAGAUGUGCGGAGUGACUGGGAACAACUGCGCUUUUCAAUACCCGCUGUGCUCCUGUUUGGACUGUAUGGCAUUCCAUUAGUGGGAGCUGAUGUUUGUGGAUUCGGUGGAGACACUAACGAAGAGCUGUGUGUGCGCUGGACACAACUUGGAGCCUUUUACCCCUUCAUGAGAAACCAUAACGACAGACCCAAUGCUCCCCAGGAGCCAUAUGUAUUUAGUCAGCGAGCCCAGGAUGCCAUGAGGAUGGUGAUUACUCUUCGCUAUUCUCUCCUGCCCUUCCUCUACACACUCUUCCAUCAUGCGCACACCUCCGCCAGCACCGUGGCUCGUCCUCUUUUCCUCGAGUUCCCCACUGAUCCAAAUUGCAGGAGCAUUGACAGACAGUUCCUGUGGGGGAGUUCACUGCUCAUCAGUCCAGUUCUGGAGCAAGGAGCCGUUGAGGUGAUGGCGUAUCUCCCCCCAGGGACUUGGUACAGUCUGCACAAUGGCCAAGCAUAUUACAGUAAAGGACAAUACACUGUGUUUCCUGCUCCUUUGGACACCAUCAUCGUUCAUGUGAGAGAGGGGAGCAUCAUCCCACAGCAGGCUCCUGCUCUGACCACUGCAUUAUCUCGCAAAAACCGUUUUGCCCUAACGGUGGCACUGUCCUUGGGAAAUUGGGCCAAAGGAGAACUUUUCUGGGAUGAUGGAGAAAGUCUGGACACUUUUGAGCGGGGAGAUUAUUCAUAUGUUAUCUUCUUCGCUGAGGAGUCAUAUGUGGUCAGUGAGCCAAUCAAAUUAAAUGGAUCUCUCGAUGGUUUGGUCCUGGGGGAAGUGCGUGUUUUCGGGGUCCAGACUCCACCUGCUGCCGUUUGGGCCAAUGGACAGAAAGUUCCUGACUUCUCAUACAGAUUAGACACUAAGGUUCUUAAAGUAGCUGGUCUUGAUUUACCAAUGACAGCCAAGAUCACAAUACAGUGGAGCUGAUGAAAAAUCUCUACUUAAAGAGCCCAUAUUAUGGGUUUUUGAAAAAGCCCAUCCAUGUAGUGUGUAAACACAGCUCUAAGUGAAGUGAAAUAUCCAGCUAAGGCUUAAAUCUGUAAGUGUACAGUGUUUAAAACUAUUGAUUCAUCUAUAAAAGAGUCGACUCAUAGUGCUUCAAACGAGUCGUCUUGAUAACGAGUCAUUAAGUGUUUCGGGAUGACGCGGCUACGAAACACAAGUAGUUGCAUGAGCAAACCCGGGAGAUUUGAAACCUGCGGCCCCGCCCACUAACAGAAAAAAAAGUCUCACACACACACAGAGACACACACAGAGAGACAACGGUCCGAAAUGAAGUCACGCUGUGCAGAUGGAUAUUAUGGAACAGUCUAACCAAAGAUGAAACCUCAGCAAUAUAGCCCAGCCUUAGCAGUUCGAGUGCUUCUGGAAACUACAUGCUUACAAAGAAGACUUCAUCAGUUUGUUAAAGGACGGAUCAGUAAAGACUGUCAGAUCAUGAAUCAGUGCAUCAUGGAUCAGUUUCUUACCCCUUUUCACCAGUGUAAGUAAGUGUGAUUAAAACUAUUGCCAUCGUUACUCUAGCUUGCAAAUUCAGUAUUUAGUGUGUUUUGUUACUUGUAACCGCGUGUGCUGUAUCAGGUUAACUCUUUAUAUUCUCAUAUCGCGUGUAAAGCCACGUUGAAAACGCGACGCGUGCCGCUUUGUUUACGGCUCGUCAGCUGUUUACACACAUGCAACGAUCAAGUUUCAAAAUAUUUCAGCUCAGGUUUGAGGUGAGGUGUAUAAAUUGCACCCAGCAAGCUGAACUGGCGCUCUUGGCGUGUGUGUCGUGUCCUCGGGUAGAGUGUAAUGUGUGCGUGUGUGUGUCUCCUCUGAGGGUAAUGUGUGUGUGUCUCCUCGUGUGUGUAACGCUCUAGGCAAAGGACGAUCACGCCGCCCUCAACCCAAUAGUGAAAACGAAAGGGACCCGUUAGUAAAAUGAGGACCGGGGGGUGUCGCGGUUGAAAUUGAAGAACGGGGGAGGUAUUCGCGGAUAUACCUAAGGCGCCGCGCCCUCUCUAUUCAGCCGCUCCUCUAUGGACGCGCCGGCCCUGUGUGUGUGUGUGCGUGUGUGUGUGUGUGUGUGUGUGUGUGUGUGUGUGUGUGUGUGUGUGUGUGUGUGUGUGUGUGUGUGAAAAAAGCAAGAAGACUGUGACAGGCUAGGAGAUCUCCUCGCCAGUUCUUGGACUUUUUGCUUGAUAAAAUAGUUAGUCGUCAGUAUUUUCUAGUCCAUCGUCUGUAUUUACAUUCACCCACUGGCAGCCAAAAUCCACUAUGAAGCGUGUAUGCACUGUGACUACUUUUAUAUUGUUGAUUAGCACUCUGUCUCGCCUGAAGCCUUGUCCGUGUCGACCAAUCGCAGCAGGCUGUCAUCGGUCCAAUCAGCGCAGAUUAGCUUCGCGCUGAGGAGGGGUUUGGAAACAAAUGAAUCGCUGAACGAUUCAUAUGGGAGUCGCUGGGAUAAUUAGGUAAAAAUAAAUGCAGAUUAUAAGACCAUGGAAGUGUUGUUUGACCUUGCAUGCAUAUUAGACUGUUGUUGGAGACCCUUACAACCUAAAUAUGACCCUAUUUCAUGUAUAAUAUGGGCUCUUUAAUGUUCUGUGCUUAUUCAGUUGCAUAUUAAUGCAAUACACCUGAAGAAGCCAUGGUUUACAGUAAAUUUAUAACUGCCUAACAAUGACCUUUAGCUGUUACAAAUUCACAGCAUCUUUCUAUUGUACAUUGUAAUUUAAAAGU